UAAGCAAGUGUUUACAAAUAAUAUCCGUGAAAGAGUAUCGUUCUCAACCUAAAUUAACCUCAAUUAUUUGAUCGACGUGUAUCGCGGAAAAUUCCCAGCGAUUACGAGUUUAAUUAAACCGAUGGAAAGCCGAGAGGACACAGUAAGGGUGAAGGAAGAGUCAAGCGAUACAGAUGUAGGCGACGAUAAUAUUUUGGAUUCGGUGGAGUCUUCCAAUGUCGAUAAUUUUCAAACAUUCACAUUUUAUGAAUCAUCGGCGAAUCACGCGAAUGAGGUUAUGGUAUUGCGGAAAAAGUUAGAUAAAAAAAUAUCAGUCGAUUUUGAGUGCAAAAAUGUUAAACUUGAACUGAAGACUCCAUCCAACUGCAAAACUGAAGAUGAAAGUCAUCAACCUAUUGUAAAAGUAGAAAACGGAAAUCAGACAGAUGACGUGAAUGAAAAGAUAUUCAUUGAUUUUGAGUUCGAGUAUAUGAAACCUGCGCUGAAGUCUCUAUUAGCAACUAACUUCAAAACUGAGGAUCAAAGUUAUAGACCUAUUGCGAAAAUAGAAAAUCAUCUUGAGAGCAGAAACUUGGAUAAAAAAAAUCCAAUGAUUAUAGUAAAAAAAGAAAAAUCACAAUUGAAUCUUGACGAAUCAGAAGAGGUAAAAAUUUUCGAAUAUAAUAAUUUGUGUCGAAAAGCUCAGAAAGUAGAAGAAAAUCUAAAAACACAUAUCAAUAAGACACAGAACAUAAGACAACAUGAAUGUUACGUUUGUCACAAAUCAUUCAGCCGCAAGCAUAACCUUAAAGUGCACAUAAACGCAGUACAUAUUCGUAACAAACCUUUUGCAUGUGAUAUUUGUCACAAGUCAUUCGGAUACAAGGGUGACCUCAAUAAACACAUAAAUACAGUACACGAUAAGAGCAACCGCUUUGAAUUACACGAUCGAAACGCACUCUUUGAGUGUAAUGUUUGUCACAAAUCAUUUGGACGCAAAGAUGCCCUCAAGGCUCACAUAAAGAAAAUACAUAAUAGGAGCAAACCUUAG